UUUCAACAUGGCUUCUUCAUGUUUAGCUCAAAUUAAGCAUUUGAUGCUAUACAUUAUAUAAUUUACUUAGUAAGUUACAUAACGCAUAUAUAUGGGCUUUCAGUUUAUGAAAAAAAGAUGAGAGCAGUGAUCUAAUUUACGCCAAAGAUGGAGAUACUUGCUGAAGGGACUUCUCACGCUCAGCGGGUGCUGUCCUUGCUCAACCAACAGAGGGGUCACGGCCACUUCUGUGAUGCCAUGUUGAGCACAGCGAGUGGACAGGUGCAUCUGGCCCAUCGCAAUGUUCUGGCCUGCUUCAGCCACUUGUUCCAAGACCCCAGUUCGAAGAUGUCAUGUAUGAAGAUCGACCUGCCAUUAGAGUGCCCUGAUGAUGGACUAGAGCUACUGCUUAACUUUUUUUACACUGGUGAACUCCAGUUAGACAACAGCAAUUUAGAGAAGAUUCAGAAUGCAGCUAGCGGACUAUCAGUGCCGGAUUCUUUUAUACCUUGCCAGAGUUUGCCAGGUGUAGAGAAUUUACAAUCACCUGUCUCGAGUGAAGAUGAUAAAGACAAACCACUGUUCCCUCUCACAUCUGCAGACGCUCAGCCUGAUCACACCCCGAAAGGAAAGACUAGAUCUUGGCAGAGGAUGAAAAAUAAGCCCGUAGGUUCAGAGGUCACAGCUAGCGACGAUGACCCUCCUGCCUCGACGUCUACUACCACCACACGUUCUGGAAGGCGUGUAAAAGGGCCCAAUCGACUAGUCGGGGAAAGUCCCAUGGCUACUGUGAUGAGGCAGGGAGCAGGAAGAAGAAAACCAUCAUCUCUAGAAGACAAAGAGCAGGAGACUUCUGCCACUGAGUACGGAGAUCACCUCAAACAUCAAGACAUGAGUGAGACUGAGGUGGAUGGAUCUGUUGAUAACCAAAAUGACAAUGAUGUCGACAAUGACGAUGAUGAUGACAGUGACAGAGGUGACAGUAUGGAUAUUCUUAUUGAAGGAACUGAUGAAGAGUAUGUGCCUCAUGAUUCACCUUGCUCGACCUCAAAGACUCCACGGGGAAAGCGCAAACGACAUGAAAAAAGUACCAAUAAAGAGAAUGGGGAAGGAACGUCUAAAGACAGAAAGAAAGGCUCUGUCCAAUGUCCAACAUGUCAUAAAACAUUCCUCAGCAAGUACUACCUGAAAGUACACAACAGGAGACAUACAGGAGAGAAGCCCUUUGAAUGUGCUAAAUGUGGGAAGUGCUAUUAUAGGAAGGAGAACCUGCUGGAGCAUGAAGCCAGAAAUUGUCUUAUCAGAGCAGAAGUGGUGUUUUCGUGUUCAAAAUGUACCAUGACCUUUAAAAAGCGACAUGAGUUGCGUCUUCACACGGUCACACACACAGGAGAGAUGCCCAAUAAGUGCACGUCAUGCCCUGAGCAGUUCAUGCAGAAGAAAGACCUCAGGAUCCACAUGAUUAAAGUUCACGGAGCUCCCAAACCACAUGCUUGUCCGCUGUGUCCCAAGUGUUUCCUGUCCCGCACUGAGCUACGUCUACACGAGGCAGCCAAGCAUCGUGGUGAGAAACUGUUUGUGUGUGAGGAGUGUGGCCAUCGGGCCUCCAGCCGCAACGGCCUGCAAAUGCACAUCAAAGCCAUUCACAGAAAUGAGCGUCCUUUUGUGUGCGAGUUCUGCAAUCAUGCUUUUACCCAGAAAGCCAAUCUCAACAUGCACCUUCGAACACAUACUGGAGAGAAACCUUUCCAGUGCCACCUCUGCGGCAAGACAUUUCGGACACAAGCGAGUCUGGACAAACACCACCGCACGCAUACAGGAGAACGGCCAUAUAGUUGUGAGUUUUGUGAGCAGCGCUUUACUGAGAAAGGCCCUCUCUUACGCCACAUAGCCAGCAAACACCAAGAAGGUCGACCACACUUUUGCCACAUCUGCAACAAAACCUUUAAAGCCAUUGAGCAGCUCCGUGUUCAUGUACGACGUCACAAAGGCAUGAGAAAAUUUGAGUGUACUGAAUGUGGUUACAAGUUCACCAGACAGGCACAUUUGCGCCGACACUUACAGAUCCACAACCGUGUGGAGAACUACAACCCCAGACAGAGACGCUUGCGUAACCUGGUAGUGGAGGACGAGAGCGCAGCUGCCUCAUCUAGUCCUCCCAGCCAGGCAGAAGCUCAGGCUGGACCAGCAGACAUGGUUAACCUGGUUAUCCAGCCAGAGGCGGUUGUGGUGGAACGGGUCAUCUCAGCCUCUGCUGGAGGAACAGGAGGAGAGCAGGCCACAUAUUCAAUGACUGAUGGAGCAGUGAGUGGUGAACAGACUGGGAUUGCUCUGACUGGAAGGACUGAUGGUGGAGUGGAGCAGACUCCGUUCACUGUAGCAGAUGUGAUGGAGCAGACCCUGCUGGUGACCGAUGCGUACCCCAUCCAUCAGUCCAGUGUGGUGGUGGAACUGCCCAGCUCUUCAGCUGAUGGGAAAGUCUAAAUGAAGGGACUCAUUGACUCAUGACAACAAAGUAUGCAGUUUAAAGGGUUAGUUCACCCAAAAAUGACAAUUCUGUCAUUAAUUACUCCCCCUCAUGUCAAUCCAAACCCGUUAGACCUUCGUUCAUUUUUGUAACACAAAUUAAGAUAUUUUUGAUAAAAUCCGAGAGCUCUCUAACCCUCCAUAGACAGCAAGGAUCCUACCACGAUCAAGGCACAGAAAGGAAAUAAGGACAUUGUUAAAAUCCAUGUGACUUCAGUGGCUCAACCAUAAUUUUAAGAAGCAACGAGAAUACUUUUUGUUUGCAAAGAAAACAAAAAUAACGACU